AUGCCCACAGAUUUUCCUGCAAAUUCCGGGGUAUUUGUAGUCUCUCAGAAAAAAAACCCCAACAAACCCUGUUGUCUGAAAGAGGAGCGAUUCUUCUUUCAGACUGCGGUACCCGCACGGUUCUCCCAGGGCUUUGCGCUUGAGGCGAGCGCUGGGUUUCCAGCCGGUGAAGGCGGGCGCGUCCCGGCGCGGCAGCGCGGCCUGGGGCCGGGGGGGGACGACGACGACGGCGACGCCGCCGCGGGCGCCCCUUCCCCCGCCGGCCCCGCCGCCGGGGGUCGUAGCGUGCUUCCACCAGCACGGUGCGCGGAUUUGCUGUGCUUUGUAAAUGCAAACGACCGAGCAUAUCCCCGAUCGCGCGCUGCGUUGGUUGCCUUGGUCCGAAUCGUAGAAGACAUCUCAGUCAGUCUGUUAGCAGUAGUCGUCAGCUUCUGUGGGCUCGCCUUGCUGGUAGUCUCGCUUUUUGUCUUUUGGAAGUUGUGUUGGCCCUGCUGGAGAAGCAAACCUCUCACUUCCAAUGCCAGUAAUGUCCCUCAGAGCAACUCCAGUGCUCCUACGGAGGUGUUUGAGACCAGUGAGAAAAAGGAAGUUAAAGAAAAUGGGAAACCUACAACAAAGGUACUUGAAGCUGCGUUGAAAAUUAGCCACACUUCACCUGAUAUACCAGCAGAGGUCCAGAACGCACUGAAAGAGCAUCUGAUCAGACAUGCACGCAUGCAGAGGCAGAUCACUGAGCCCACAUCGUCAUCAAGGCACAAUUCUUUCAGGAGGCACUUGCCAAGGCAGAUGCAAGUGUCCAGUGUUGAUUUUAACAUGGGGACAGAUCCGAUUUUGCAAAGGGGAGAGACGACAACCAGCAUUGGGAGAAUAAAACCGGAACUCUACAAACAGAAGUCUGUGGAUUCUGAUGGACAACAAGAAGAUGUGAAAACAUGUGGAAAACUUAACUUCACUCUCCGGUAUGAUUAUGAGAAUGAACUCCUGGCUGUCACAAUUGUCAAAGCCUUAGAUCUGCCUGCUAAAGACUUCACAGGAACAUCGGACCCCUACGUUAAGAUUUAUCUGCUUCCAGAUAGGAAAAAGAAGUUUCAGACACGAGUUCACAGAAAGACAUUAAAUCCUGUCUUUGAUGAAACCUUUCAGUUUCCUGUAGCCUAUGAUCAACUCAGCAACAGGAAAUUGCAUUUCAGUGUUUAUGAUUUUGACAGAUUUUCUAGACAUGACAUGAUUGGGGAAGUUAUUCUUGAUAACCUUUUUGAAGUCUCAGAUCUCUCCAGGGAAGCCAAUGUAUGGAAAGACAUCCACUGUGCCACCACAGAAAGCAUAGAUUUGGGUGAGAUCAUGUUUUCCCUCUGUUAUUUGCCUACUGCUGGGAGAAUGACAUUUACAGUCAUCAAAUGUAGGAAUCUCAAAGCAAUGGAUAUAACUGGCGCAUCAGAUCCGUAUGUCAAAGUGUCACUGAUGUGUGAGGGUCGAAGACUGAAAAAGAGGAAAACAACCACGAAGAAGAACACUCUCAAUCCCGUUUAUAACGAGGCCAUCAUCUUUGAUAUCCCUCCAGAGAAUGUGGACCAGGUCAGCCUCUCCAUUGCAGUGAUGGAUUACGAUCGAGUAGGGCACAAUGAGGUCAUUGGGGUAUGUCGGACAGGAAUUGAUGCUGAAGGGCUUGGAAGAGAUCAUUGGAAUGAAAUGUUGGCUUACCCACGUAAACCAAUAACUCACUGGCAUCCACUAGUAGAGUUACCUGGCCGAGCAACCAGUUUUGAUAGCCAGGGAUCUUGUUCAUCACCAAAACCACCGCUUACGCCCUAA